GUGUCGCUGGCAAGUGAGCAUGCGCAGAGCGGAGUCGAAAGGGAAUCUCGGGGGUGGUUAGGCUCGAGCUCUUUGGGGUGAGCAGGAGGGAGUACUCGUGCAGGGGCGGCGGCGGCGACGACGGUCGGAGUCAAAUUUGAAUGUGCUCUCGAGGCCCGUGGCGACGAUCAAAAUGCCGAGUAAUAAAUUGGAGAAGAUUGACCAUGUUGAGGCGAGCGACAAUGUGAAGGUUGUGGUACGCUGCCGACCGAUGAAUGAGAAGGAAAGAAAUAUGGCACACAGACAAGUUGUGAAUGUGGAUGAGAUACGAGGAACAAUCACGGUCUACAAGACAGAUGCUGCUAAUGAACCACCAAAAACGUUCACAUUUGAUACAGUUUUCGGUCCAGAGAGCAAACAAGUUGAUGUGUACAAUCUCACUGCAAGACCAAUUGUUGAUUCAGUUCUAGAAGGAUACAAUGGUACAGUUUUUGCUUAUGGACAAACUGGCACUGGCAAGACAUUUACUAUGGAAGGAGUACGGGCUGUACCUGAACUUAGGGGCAUUAUUCCCAAUUCGUUUGCUCAUAUAUUUGGACAUAUUGCAAAGUCUGAAGGUGACACCAGGUUUCUUGUUCGAGUAUCCUAUCUGGAGAUUUAUAAUGAAGAGGUUCGUGAUCUUCUUGGGAAGGAUCAAAGUCAGAGACUAGAGGUUAAGGAACGGCCUGAUGUUGGAGUGUACAUAAAAGAUCUUUCUGGUUAUGUGGUAAACAACGCAGAUGAUAUGGAUCGUAUUAUGACUUUAGGGAAUAAAAACCGUUCUGUUGGUGCCACAAAUAUGAAUGAACAUAGUUCCCGUUCUCAUGCUAUUUUUACGAUUACCAUCGAGUGCAGUGAAAAAGGAAUUGAUGGAAAUAUUCAUGUUCGCAUGGGCAAGCUGCACCUUGUUGAUCUUGCAGGUUCUGAAAGACAAGGAAAGACUGGAGCCACAGGACAGCGAUUAAAAGAAGCAACAAAAAUUAACCUCUCAUUGUCCACCUUGGGUAAUGUUAUCUCCGCUCUUGUUGAUGGUAAAAGUACACAUGUGCCAUAUCGUAACUCUAAACUGACACGUCUACUCCAGGAUUCUUUGGGAGGCAAUUCAAAGACUAUCAUGUGUGCAAACAUUGGGCCAGCAGAUUACAAUUACGAUGAGACUAUCAGUACUUUACGCUAUGCAAACAGAGCAAAGAAUAUCAAAAAUAAAGCCAGAAUUAAUGAAGACCCCAAAGAUGCAUUGUUGCGCCAGUUUCAGAAGGAAAUUGAGGAUCUUAGAAAUAAACUAAAAGAAGGGGAAGAAAUCUCUGGCUCAGAAAUGAGUGGCUCUGAGGAAGAUGACGAAGAAGGUGAAAGUGGAGAGGGUGGAGAGAAGAGAAAGAAGCGAAAAGGAAGGAAGAAGGUAUCUCCGGAAAAGAUGGCAGAAAUGCAAGCAAAGAUUGAUGAAGAGAGAAAAGUUCUUGAAGCUAAGCUUGACAUAGAGGAGGAAGAAAGAAACAAAGCCAGAGCAGAACUAGAGAAAAGAGAGAAAGACUUGCUGAAAGCACAGCAGGAGCAUCAGACAUUGUUAGAAAAAUUGUCAGCUCUAGAGAAGAAGGUGAUUGUAGGAGGAGUGGAUCUUCUGGCCAAAGCUGAAGAACAAGAGAGACUACUGGAUGAGUCAAAUUGUGAGCUUGAAGCACGCCGGAACCGAGCAGAGCAACUUCGGAAAGAGCUGGAGGAAAAAGAGCAAGAACGUUUGGACAUUGAGGAAAAAUACACCAGUUUGCAAGAGGAAGCCCAGGGCAAGACAAAGAAACUAAAGAAAGUCUGGACAAUACUGAUGGCAGCCAAGUCUGAGAUGGCAGACUUGCAGCAAGAACACCAACGUGAAAUUGAAGGACUGUUGGAGAAUAUAAGACAGCUGAGCCGUGAACUUCGUCUGCAGAUGCUCAUUAUUGAGAACUUUAUUCCUCAAGAAUACCAGGAGAUGAUUGAGAAUUAUGUACACUGGAAUGAAGACAUUGGAGAGUGGCAGUUGAAAUGUGUCGCUUACACAGGUAACAACAUGAGAAAACAGACUCCAGUAGCAGACAAAAAAGAAAAAGAUCCAUUUGAAGUGGAUUUGUCUCAUGUUUACUUGGCCUACACUGAAGAAAGUCUGCGACAGUCAUUAAUGAAACUGGAAAGGCCGAGAACCUCAAAGGGAGGGAAAUCCAGACCCAAGACAGGCAGAAAGAAACGAUCAACGAAAUCUGAAGCUGGAAUUGAAACCCUUCUUCAGUGAUCAAUAGAUGAGACUGACUAGGUGCAUGGACCAGAUUUUAGAUGGAAAAUGUUUCCAGGAAUGUGAAAAUUAAUACUUGUGACAAGAACAAGAAGUUGUCGCUUUUCUGAACCAUGCACAAUGAUCUGUAAGAAGAAGGGAAUUUAAUACUAAUAUCAAAAUGAAAUACCAGUGAGUUUGUGACUUUUAUUAGGCAAUGUUCAAGUUGCUGUCAGAAUGCUGGUCAUGAAUGUUUACAACUAAAUGCUUGGGAUCUUAGUGUUUAGUUGUUACUUUAUUCUUCUUGACGUUGAUCUUGGCUUGUAUUUUGGUUGGUUUUGGUGGUGGGUAGAGAAUGUACUACUGGCAGCUAAGCAAUUAGUAGGAAUUUGCUAUCUGUGAAAGAAACACAAAUCCUAAUUUAACAUUUUCAAAUAUUCCUUCAAGAUCAAAGAACUUAUAACAAAAUCGUCAAAUUUCUGGUCCGUAAAUCAUUUUACCGUGCUUAACCUAUUCCUUCUGUCUUUCCUACAGUCAGUUUAAGAAGUACAAAGUUGACUUCUCCACUUGUUCUUUGUUUACUUUGAUUUGUGUUAGCCAGGGACUUAUGUGCACUUUGUACGACUGUGAUGGCAAGGGAUCGCAGUUCUCAAAAUGCAUUCCAUGACUGCUGUAAAAUUAGAUAAUUUUGAGUCUUGCUGUUAGAUAGUGAUUUUUUGAUUAGGAUAGUAUAUUGUGCUGCAUUGGUCAUUUCAGAGCACAUCAUGCAAUCUUGAGGCACAUUAGUCAUCGAGUCACGCAGCAUGGAAAACCUUCCUUCCAUCCAAGUCAACUAUAUUCCCAAACUAAACUAGCCCCACUAGUCAAACUAGUCAUUCCAGCACUAACCAUUCUCUGCAUUUUAAAAAAAAGGUGCUCCUCAUGUCCUUUGUAAAUCUUUCUCCUCUCACUGUGAAAAAAAUGCCCUCUGGUUUUGAACUCCCACUUCUUGGGGAAAAGACCUUUGCUAUUUACCUUGCCCCUAAUGAUUUUAUAAACCUGUGUAAGGUUGGGGUGGUUGAUUUGUUCACCAAGCUGGUAGGUUAGUUUGCAGAUGUUUUAUCACCAUGCUAGGUAAAAUCAUCAGUGCUGUCUCUGAUGAACCAUAACACACUGCAGCACCCUGGAAGUGCUCAAAGCCGAAGAAGGACACCUCCAUAGCAACUUUAAAAACAAGGUUACCCAAAAAGCUUAGUCUGUCAGUACUUACUCAACAGACUACAAUAGGAAGAUACAGCAUGCCCAAAUGUACUAGUCCCCCUGCCAUACAUCACGAAUGUAUCAGAAAUGACGACCAGACUACUCCAGCCACUAGGAAUCGUGGUAGCACAAAAACCCACGCUACACUACAAGAGCUAUUGACAAGGACAAAGGAUCACAUACCCACAGCUAACAGGCCCAACGUUAUAAAUAAAAUCCCAUGUAAGGACUGCCACAAACAUUAUAUCAGCUAGACCGAGAGAAACUAGCUAUCAAGGUACAUGAGCACCAACUAACUAUCAAGAGACACAACCAGUUAUUGCUUAUUUCCAUACACUCGGACAAAGAAGCACCAAUUCGACUGAGACAAUGUAACCAUCCUACGACAAGCCAACAAAAGAUACUCAUGAGAAUUCUUAGAGGCCUGAUACUCAACCCAGAAUUCAAAAGAAUUGUGAAAUAGACCCCAUGUACAAACUCUACGAAGCAGAACUGGAAAUGAGGCCAACCACCACAUCAAACCGGACCCACAUAAAUAACAAGGGGGACAGACCAACGGUGCCUCAUUGGAGGCGCGCUGAUGAUAUUGCCUAGUGUGGUGACGAGACAUCUGCAAACCAGCCUAACAGCUUGGCAAACAAAACAACAAUCCCAUCCACAACCCGGGCUACAAGUCUUCUCAAAAACUCUGUAGGGUCACCCCACAACCUCUAUGCUUCACUGAAAAAGGUCCCAGUGUAUCCAAGCUAUUUUUGUAACUCAAACCCUCUGUUUAUGGAAACAUGCUGGUAAAUCGUUUCUGACCUCUCUCCAGUUUAAUAAUAUCCUCCCUAUAUCAAGGUAACCAGAGUUGCACACAGUACUCUAGAAGAAAAGAAUUAAAUGUUUUAAACUGCUGAUAAAAUCGUUAGUUGUGUUAAAUUGUUCACCCUUCUCCACCUGGUAUGCGAAACCACGGAUAGAGUAGAGUGCAAUGGAGAGAGUUGAGUGUGGUAGGGACUUACUAGGACCAGUUUUAGUGUAAAAUGGGACCAAAAACUAGGCUACUUUGUUGAAGAAGGGUCCGAAGAAAUUUGAUUGUGUUCAAAAUGCUGACUAAUUUUGGUGACUUCCUGAGAAAAACUAUUUUCACUGGUGGUUCCAUAUCCAAAUGCGUAAGUUUGAUAUUCAUGUAAGGAACUAAGUUAAUGGAACAAUUUUUUUAUGGACGAGGUAUUGAGAACAUGGAAUACUACAAGUAACAGUGAUAGGAACUGAAUUCUUAAGUAGCUGAUCUUUUAAAUUAUUUAAAAAUAUAAAGAAAGAAGAAUGAGAAAGGGCAGAAGUGUAGAACUAAGAGAAUAUCUAUGUCCCAGAGCUGGCUCAGAUGUAAUGGCUUGUGUGGCCUACUUGCAUAAAUGUAGUUGAUUGGAAGUUGAAGCAAUUUACCAUACGUGUGAAGAGCUAUUGAGAAGCCCCCUCUGUACCGAUAAUUAAUUCCCUAAAAGUUGCUAACACAAAUGAUCAAAACAGUAAACCAACACUUCACAGCAAAGAACCUGACAUGCACAUAUGUAGUUCGACCAAUAAUGUUAGCAUCUUAAAUCUCCAAUCCAUUGACUCUACAGUAGAAGCGCAGGAUUUGCUGUUAUUAGCUUUGAAAAGUGCCUGCAACUUUUAUAACAGGAAGAACAAAUCAGAUAUCUCACUUGUGCAUUCCUUUGUUACAUUUGUUAAAGGAAAAGCAAUUUUUGUUUGGGAAUGUAACAGGUUCUGGUUGGAAUUUUUACUCUGCAGCAAUAUGGAAGGAAUAGAAAGUAACCAUGAAAAAUGGUAAACUCUACAAACAAAAAAGUUUGUCAGGAAUCGCAAGACCUGUGCUUCUGUUAUGACUGACAUUAUACUAUAUUCUUAAUGGUUAUGAGGGUGCCCUGCUUCUUAAACAGUAUGUAAAGUGACAAACAGACAAACUUUAGCCUAGUUAAUAAAAUGUGAGGCUGGAUGAACACAGCAGGCCCAGCAGCAUCUCAGGAGCACAAAAGCUGACGUUUCGGGCCUAGACCCUUCAUCAGAUGCUGCUGGGCCUGCUGUAUUCAUCCAGCCUCACAUUUUAUUAUCUUGGAUUCUCCAGCAUCUGCAGUUCCCAUUAUCACUGAUACAAACUUUAGCCUAGUGUUCAUCACCUAUUCUGAGAACUCAGGUGGUACUUGCUGCUAUAAAUGUGAUAAACAAAAGGUUGUAAGUGCACACGAAAGCUGAUCCAUAACCGGAAUUCAUUCUUUGUUGGUUCCAUUUUUUGACAUACAUCAAUGAGCCAUUGUUGGUUCUUUUGCACACACUGACCUCAGAAGUAAAUUUGAUUAUUUUGUCUCUGACUCAGUUGGAAAGUUAAUGGUUAUGGAAUUAUAAAUUUCAUAAUACUGCGAGAGCAUUGGUUUCAAGGUCAAAAUUGCAAUGCAUUUAGUUUUCGGGGAAUAUUACUUCAAAAGAUGCAUUGUGAAAGUCUAUUCAUGUAUUUUAGAAACAGUAACCAUGAGAGCUGCUAACUUCUAAUCCAUUGAUAUUGUACUGUACCAUUGAUGGUUUGAGCUGUUUCAUGUUGACCAUUUUUAUGGAAUGCUUUUAAUUCCAUACAAUUAAAGCAUUGAGUUAAUCAUAUUUUCAAUUGAUCUCUGUCUGCAUGAUUUGCAACCAUGCCAGAUUGCUCUUAUUUCUCUUUGCUACAUAUUAAGUAGCACAGGGACCAUGCAGCUUGUGAGUGUUAGUUUGUAAAAGGCUAAUGGAGCAACCCAGCAUUCAGAAAACUAGCCAAUAAAUUAGAUACUUUUAAAAUAUGAAUUUAAGAUCCAUAUUGCCAAUCCAUUGGGGCAACUAUAAAAGGCUGGUAGGUAAUAUCGGUAAGAAUCUGCUUACUAGCAAAGGCACUAUGUCCACAUUAUUCUCUUCAUUUGUAACAAUCAAAUACUGCAGUUAAACUGUUAGUACAAAUACUUUGUUACAAAAAGCUUUCUUGCAAGUUCCCAAUGGAGGAUGCAUUAUUGUUAGUGAAAUUCAGACCUCUGUUGUGAGUACUGCAAAUUUGAUCGUUUGUAGAAAUGUGAAAUAGAGGCUUAUCUGUGUCAAACAGUUAUUUUGAGAUUGUCAUGCAGCGUCAGACUGACAAAUUUGACUAUCCACUGUUUCCUCUGAAUUAUUUAUAAAUGACUGUGUUAUGAACUUUAAUGGAGACGUAGUAUUGUAUUUUCUCAACAUUAAUUCAGGGAAAAUUAUAUGCUGCAGAUGGUUUGCUACUUAAACACAUGAAAAUAGUCUUUUUUUAUCUGUAAGCUAAAUGUAAACUUGGCUUUGUAUCCUCCUGAUUAAACAACUGUUACCUUGGAUUGCUGAACAAGAACGCUUACAUACCCUCUCCAUGUUGUGAAUUUAGUAGGGAGUCUCAAAUGCACAAAUCAAGAAAUUUAUUAUUGUGUUUUUAUAUUGUAUGCAUCCUGUGUCUUUCUGUUUUAAAGUUUAUUGUAAAAUGUUUAAAAUCAUUAUUAGAAAGCUGCACAUGUUCUGAAAUCCUAUUUCGAUGCUGGGUUGUUUUAGUAAGAUUAAUAAAAGGGUCCCAAGUUGUUUGUUUUAUCUCACUUGCCCUGAACCCACUUUCUAGAUACUAUGUUCAGAGCAGUUGAAAUAAACACUUUACAAAUGUCUUUUUAUUUGAUUAUUCUUUGUAAUCUAUUAUGUAUAAAUUAAUCAUUGAGAUGUACAUAUGAGACCAUGAAUAUGUAUAUAUGCAGCAUGUUAA